AUGGCGAUGGACGACCCGAAAAUGAUAUCCGCUCUCGAGCAGAUGCUGGAUAGUAGGAAGUAUACGGACCUUGCCAUACAAUCCAAGAACUCUCGGGUUGAAGUGCAUCGAGUCAUCCUGUGCGCGCGCUCCCCGUGGUUCGACCGAGACGCAGUAACGAACACAAUCCAUCUUCCGGAUGUCGACAUGUCAGAUCUCAAGAUGGUCAUCGACUUCGCCUACACCGGGAAAUACUGCGUACUUAAAUGGCUUGACAUUACGCCGGGCCCCGUUCAUGCCAUGAAUAUACACUCCGACAUAUUCUUCUUGGCAAGAAAGCUCGAGAUGCGAGAACUAGAGGUGGAGUGUUCGAAGAACUUCCGAAAUGCCGCCAAAGAAGUGGACGCAGAGGACGCAGAGUACUCCUUCUACAUGCUCCCAACCCUAGUGUACAGUGUCUACGGAUCGGGAGACUUAUAUAAAGACGACAAGUUCCUCAAGGAUGGCCUCUGCAUGUUCUUGCACAAUCACCGAGGCAACAAGGAACUUUGGGCAGAGCUGCAACCACUCCUCCAGGAAUAUGGUAAUCUCGCUGUUGAUCUCCUGACCUAUGACUGGAAUAGGGACUAA